UAGUCAUUUGUGCUGCUGGCACUGUUAGCAUCAUUCCAAGUAAUCAUGGAUAGCUUCAUGAUCAAAUUGACUCACCAGGAGGUUGGCAAAAUUUGUGCUGAACUUGGGAAUACUUUAUUAGAACAGCUCUUGAAAAGCAGAUGCUGGGCACAGCAGAAUUACCUGAGGGUAUUGAAGCCCCCGGGAGGAGGUUCUAGUAAUCUCUUUGGGAGUACAGAAGAAGUGCCUUCUUCAAGCAGACCACACCGGAUGGCAUCCAAUAUUUUUGGAGCAUCAGAACAACCUCAAAACAUUCCAAAAAGAACAAACCCUCCAGGAGGAAAAGAAAGUGGCAUUUUUGAGGACUCUAGUUCUGCUCAGCCUCGUCCGCGCAUGAAUCCACCUGGUGGGAAGACGAGCGAUAUCUUUGGGUCUCCUGUCUCUCCCAGCAUUGUGCGAGCACACCCCAACAAGCCCAAGGAUCACAUUGUCUUGAAAGAAGAUGAAACACCAAAGAAGCUAGAAGCUACAGAAAAUGUCAAACCACAGCUGGAAGAUGGAGGCAAGAAAAAAGAUGUGGGCAAAGAGGAGCGAUGCAAGGAGCCAGAACCCAAGAUAGACAAUCACGAGCCCCGCCUGGGGCCAAGGCCACGCUCACACAACAAAGUCCUCAAUCCCCCCGGGGGGAAAUCCAGCAUUGCCUUCUAUUAGGGUCAUCGGGGCACUGUCCCUAAUGGAGUCUGCACAGAAACUCUUGUCUGUGGUGGCGAGGUCAGUUUAUAGACUAUUGCUUGUGGGUAGAUUCUUAGGCAGAUGGAUGAGGGUUAUGUUAGAAUGUGUAGGAAAGGUAACCUGGUGAUUUGGGGAGGGCGGGCUGGGGAGGGAACGGGUGCCCUGUGGAAGAUGUAAGUAUUGGGCCUGCCUAGGCGGGUGGCAGAGGGGACAUUAGUGUAACUUUGUGAAAGAUCAGUGCUACUUUGUGGUGAGUUCCUCAGACUGUUAGGUUGUUAGCUAGCUCGUGGCUCAGGACACUCUAGGGGAGUCAGGCUUGCCCAUGCAGCCAACAUGUCAAAGGUCGUGAAUGAGGAGCAGCCUGGAGAUUCCAAAGUACAGCAGGUAGGCUGGGCUUUCCCCAUAGCAGUGGGAUGCAGCUUCACAGCAUGAGCUGACUUGCAGUCACAUGAAUGUAAAUAUGUUCCACUGGAACAAGUAGUGCUGCCACUGUUAGAAGUGUCUUCAGUCUUUGGUUCUCUUUCUCCUUUCUUGCUUUGCAACACGUGAUUGCUGAUACAAGGACAAAAUAUGCUGAAAGUUUCUUUUAUACUCAUAAACCAUCGCUACGUUUAUAAAGAUUGCGGUCUUCCCCUCCCAGGUAUUCAGGCCUUUCUGAUGCCUUUGGUAAUCUGCUGAUUACAAUGACUGGAUCUUGACAUGUGGCAGUCCAACAUACUAUUUCACGUAGGUGCUUCUAGAAGACUUUUAUUUAAAAGUGCCCUGGUUGAGUGCUUGCACACGUUCUGGUAAAGAUGUGGGUGCAAAAAAUAGCUUUAUGGUACUCUGCACAGAGGUAACUUGAAGUUUACAGUUACCAUGGAGAAUAUGCCCAGGUGCCCAGCCAGGUCACUCUGAUGCAGCAUGUGUGGAAAUGCCUUAGCUUUGGCACAGGUUUUCACUUUGCACCCCAUGGAAACUAUGACUGUUCUCUCUCCACCACAGUGAAUUUCCUGUUUGUUUUGUCUGUGCUGACUCUGUUAGUGAAUUCUCCUGUCUUUGGUGAGCCUUACCUUUGCCUUUGACUGCCUCACGUUUUUGUUGGUAAGGUUGGGAGUGCUGUGUGGGUUCUCACCAAGCCAUAGUUGUUUUUGCUGUAGACUAUCCUAGUUGGAAAAACAAAGGCUUAAGCAAUACAAACCUUCUGUUAGUGCUGGCUAUUGUAAAUCAUGUUUGGAAGAUGUGCAUGUUUUGCACAGACAUUUUUGGGGUAGGGUUUGUUCUCUGAAUGGACUUUUUGAUUGUAUCCACAACUUUGAUAUAUGAAUGUUAACAUUAGGUGCUGACUGUUCAAUGUAUUGAAUAGUGACUUUUUAAAUCUGAUGUAUCAAACAGGAGUUGUUCAGGUACACCAAAGAACAAGUGGCCUUAUCUGUAUGUCCACUGCUGUUCUAGCCCAGGUUCCCUGGGAAGUGCUGCCAGUGAGAGGAUGCUGGGCCAGGUGCUAAACCUCUCUGUGAUGGUGGUGCUCUCCAGGCCACAGUUCCCCUGUGGCAGCAGGGUGGGUGAUUGCUUGGACACUUAUUUGCCUUUUCAAAUCGCGAAAUAUAUGGGGCAAUGCUAAGGGUAAAACAGCCAUGGAGAAUAGGGAUUUCAGUGUCUUUGUACCUUUCAGAUUGCUUUGGAGCUGCCUGUUAUUUGUCCCCCUAGGAAAACAAGGCAGUGACUCAAACUACAACACUGGAAUGGACUUUUGUUACUUCCAAACAUGUAUUUCCUAGCAGCUACUCCUGAGUCUGUGCUCUCUAGCCUCUGGCUGUCUCAGACACAUCUAUCUGUUUCAGCUCCUUGUUCCAGUACUUGACAGGAGGCUGUCAUGUGGGAAAAUUGACCAGAGGCUGCUUCCUGCAUUGCAGACUCUGGUGCUGUCUGCAAUACUGAGCAUUUGGCAUCUUUUAGUCCCUGAUGUGCAUUGGCUGCAGUGCCUGUCUUUUAAACAACAACUUCUAACUAGGCCUUAAAUUAGUUAAACUAUGUUAAUUUUCUUGCAUUUCUUUCUUUGGAAUCUAAACAAUGUUUUCAACUCAUCAAGUAAGAUUGAUCUGAGCUUUUCCUCGGGACAGAAGGAGAUUGGAAAUCAAAUGACAGAACAUGCGAUUGUCAAUAAACCUCUGUAUUUUGUUACUUC